CUCAAAUAUGAGAUACCCUUAAUAUUGAUUUGCAUUAGGAUUAUCCGGAAAGAAAAUUUGUUUGGCGCUGCUGCGGUGUUAGCUGAACUUACUCCAUGCACCUCCCCUACUACCUUCCUCGCUCUCCUCCUUCUUCAUCCGGGAAAUCAAUCUUUCUCCUUAAUCAUCAUGUAAACAAGUGGAAGAAUCACAGACACAAAGUUGUGAAGAAAUGUUUAGGAGCGUCUAUAUACUGUUCAAGCGAUGUUCCCUCUAUUCAGCAAUUGAGUCAUGCUCGGCUUAUUUAUUCCGUUGCUCCAUCUAUGGGCCACAAUCAGGAGUCUCAUCCAGAAUCACAUUUUAGAGUUCCUGCUAUUGUCACUGCCCUCCAACAAAUGAAACUCACUUCAAAGUUUCGUGGCUCUGAGGUCAUUGAACUUCAAAAUUUUGAGCCUGCUUCUACCGACGACAUUGCAAGUGUGCAUGCAAGAGCCUAUGUUUCUGGGCUUGAAAAGGUUAUGGAUCAAGCUUUGGAGAAGGGACUUAUUGUCGUUGAUGGUUCAGGACCAACAUACGCUACUUCCACUACCUUCCAGGAGUCAAUAGUAGCAGCUGGUGCUGGAUUAGCCUUAGUUGACUCAGUGGUCGCAGCUUCAAAGAUAAUGAAAGAUCCACCCACUGGUUUUGCAUUGAUAAGACCACCAGGACAUCACGCCAUUCCAAAAGGACCUAUGGGCUUCUGCAUUUUUGGAAAUGUGGCCAUUGCAGCUCGUCAUGCUCAGCGUGUUCAUGGACUGAAGCGCGUGUUUAUAAUUGACUUUGAUGUUCACCACGGGAAUGGAACAAAUGAUGCUUUCUACGAUGAUCCAGACGUAUUUUUCCUUUCCUUCCAUCAAGAUGGAAGCUAUCCAGGUACCGGCAAAUUUGAUGAGGUGGGGGCUGGGGAUGGUGAAGGAACCACAUUAAAUCUGCCUCUUCCUGGAGGUUCAGGUGAUACUGCUAUUAGAUCUGUGUUCGAUGAAGUUGUUGUACCUUGUGCUCAAAGAUUUAAGCCAGACAUCAUUCUUGUUUCUGCUGGGUAUGAUGGCCACGUGUUAGAUCCACUAGCUAAUCUUCAAUUAACAACGGGAACAUAUUACAUGCUUGCGUCCAGUAUUAAACAACUAGCAAAAGACUUAUGUGGGGGACGAUGUGUAUUUUUCUUGGAAGGAGGAUAUAAUCUCAAGUCUCUUUCAUAUUCAGUGGCAGACACAUUUCGUGCUCUUCUUGGGGACAAAAGCUUGGCAUCUGAGUUUGAUAACCCAAAUAUUUUGUAUGAAGAGCCAACAAAAAAGAUUAAGCAAGCAAUUCAGAGGAUAAAAUGCGUUCAUUCCCUGUGAUGUUGAAAAUCAAAACAUGCCAUUAUCUAGGGCCGUCUCAACCAUUAGGCAAGUAAAGCCCUUGCUUAAUGGCAUUAUCAACCUGUAUCUAGCAUCAAAUUUUCAUUUUUGUAAAGUCUAUGUCCCUUGGGUGGCCAUCAUCCCACUUGUCCCAUAGAAGAAGGCAAUCCAUCGUGCAAGAUUGUUGUGGUCCCUGAAUAAGAACUUCACUUUUGCUGCAACACUUGAGUAUAAUAAAUUAAUUUAUUGUCAAAAUAUUUUUACAAAUUCUUUAUCUGUAAGCUAAUUUUCUUAUAUUUCGUUGUUAUUAAGUCAAAUGAUAUUCUCAUUUCAUAAACAUUGAAGAAUAAA